ACGUGUACGGCGUUAGACAACGGUCGAUUUUCUGUGCAUACGAAGAUUUCAUGCAAUGGGCGUCUCCAUGCUACGUAUCUUCGUGGUACUUGCCAUUUCAGCAGCAUGGACCAUCAACACAGCAAACGGUAUCCCAAUGCUAAACGUGAGGAUCGACGACCACAUGCUGGUUGCACGCAUGCUCGGUGAGGAGAAGCCGAAGCGCGACUUGGCCGGCUCCGAUCAACAGCAGAUUCUGACGAUACACAACAAGAUGCGCGCGUCCGAGAAGUCAUCGAGCAUGGUGAAGCUGAAAUGGUACGAUGAUGCGGCGGUGCUGGCGCAGACGUGGGCGAACAAGCUCGCCAAGACAUGCAAGUUAGAGCAUGACUCCAUGGAGUCACACAGCCCUCAAAAGUACAUAUCGCCGGUGAUGCAGUCUUGCGGACAAAACAUAGCUCUCGGUUACGACACGUGGGAGGCCGCCAUGAAGGCAUGGUACGAUGAGAAGCAGUUCUUCACGUACGGUAGCGCCCCUACCGGAGUAACGGGGCAUUACGAACAGAUCGUGUGGGAUACUUCGGCUUUCGUCGGGUGCGGCUUCGCAAAGUGUGCCGACGGUACGCCGCUCCACGUGUGCAACUACUGCCCCCACUACCGGCCCAACCUGGACGAGCGCAAAUACAUGCCCUAUCUCAAGGGCGCGCCAUGCAGCCAGUGCGAGGCCGGCUGCGAGCCUGAUGGCAUCUUCUGCAGCGAGAUUUCUAGAAAUUCUGCAGGGCGUUUCCACGUGGGCGUGCCCUCUACAAUUACUCGUGUUUACACGGAGUCGUCGGCCAGAGUUUGA